AUGGCUGUUCCGGAGAGAACCAAGAACUUGAGAGGAACCAAAAUCUUCCUCAACAAGGACUUCUCUGAAGCUGUGUGCAAGAGUCUGAAAAAACCUUGCCCACCUAUGAAAGCUGCCAGAGAGCGUGCGGACAUUGCAUACAUCCGGUACAACAAGUUCAUUGUCCACCUUCCCUCCCAAAAGCCUGGGAGGAGUGAGAGAGCCAAGGUUCCUGCUCUACAGGGUGGCCAGUCGGGGUCAGUAGGAGAGGAGCACCAUGGGAGCAUGGGGGGCGGGGUGAGGGAGAGGAGGGCCACAGGAGGAAACUCCUACUGGGCUUAUUCCGGGACACACAGUCCUGGGGUCUGGGCCUCCUCAUACCCUGAGUGUGCGGAGAGGAACCAAUCACCAGUGGACAUCUCAGACAAGGAUGCCAAGGUGUCUCAGGAGUGCCAGGAGCUGACCCUCAACGGGUUCAACGCCGAGUCAUCCAACAAGACCUCCAUGAAGAACACAGGAAAGACAGUGGCUGUUCUGCUGAAGGAUGACUAUUUUGUACGGGGGGCAGGACUACCUGGACGCUUCAAGGCGGAGAAGAUAGAGUUCCACUGGGGUCAGAGUAACGGAUCAGCAGGGUCGGAACACAGCAUCAACAGCAGGAGGUUCCCCGUGGAGAUGCAGAUAUACCUGUACAACUCAGAUGACUUUGACAGUCUCAGUGCGGCCAUCAAGGAGAAGCGCAUCAUUGCUGCGAUGGCUGUGUUUUUUGAGGUGGGGCGGCGAGUCAAUCCAGCCGUAGAGCCCAUCAUCCAGGGACUGAAACGGGUCGUACACCACGAGAAGGAGACAUUCCUGAGUUCAUUCGUCCUGAGGGAUCUGCUACCAUCAUCGUUGGGGAGUUACUACCGAUACACAGGCUCUCUCACCAUCCCGCCCUGCAGCAAGGUGGUCGAGUGGAUCAUCUUAUCCAGACCCCUUUUCCUCUCCCACUCACAGCUGGAGGCGUUCUACUCCAUCUUCACCACGGAGCAGCAGGACCAUGUGAAGUCGGUAGAAUACCUGAGAAACAACUACAGACCCCUCCAGGACCUGGAUAACCGGGAGGUGUUGAAGUCUGCUGUUAAAGAUGCCUGGCAGAGGGACCUGACCGACAACCUGGGACUGGGUACAGAUGGCACCACAGACGCAUCCAGAGUCUGCAGCAGUGCCCCGGUCAACAUGAAGAUCCAGCCACUGAACGGCACUGCCCUGGUGGUGAGCUGGCAGCGCCCGCUAGUAGUUUACCACCCGCCUAUCACCAGCUUCAUGGUCUCCUACAGCUGGGUGAAGAGUGAUGUGGCCUACGAGAAGACCUUCACCAAGACUGGGGACCAGAACAUGAAGGCGGUGAUAACCCACGUGUCUUCAGACAUCCUGUAUCUGUUCAGAGUCCAGGCGGUGUGCCAGAGAGACCUACGCAGUGACUUCAGCCAGACACUGCUCUUCAGAGCUAACACCACCAGGAUAUUUGAGGGAACACGGAUAGUGAAAACUGGAAUGCCCACUGUCUCCCCAGCCUCCUCGGCAGACAUGGCUCCCAUAAGCUCCGGAUCCUCUACCUGGACCUCCUCUGGCCUCCCCUUCUCCUUCGUCUCUAUGGCUACAGGGGGCAUGGGCCCCUCGUCCAGCGGCAGUCAGGCCACGGUAGCAUCGGUGGUAACCAGCACCCUUCUGGCCGGCCUGGGCUUCAGCGGAGGGGUCAUCUCCUCCCUGCCUGGCUCUCUCUGGCCCACCCAGGCCCCUGCAGCCAGCCCUGGGUCUAACCCCGGCCCGGGUCCCAGCCGCCAGCCUGCCCAGCCCCAGGCCUCCACCGAGCCCCCCACAGCCCCUCAGGGUGGUUCUGACACGGACACCCCCACAGAGGAGGAGGCGGCGGGGGUGGACAGGGAGAACGAGGCGGAGGAGGGAGAGGGAGAGGAGGAUGAAGGGGAAGACGACAAGAGGAGGAAGAAGAAUAACAAGACAACGCCUGAUGAGGUGGAGAUGCAUCUAAAUGACAGUGUGGUCAAAGAGCCCAUUUCCGCCCUCACCCCCACAGCCACAGCCAAAGAGAAAGGACAGGGGCAGGGAGAGCCUGUUGCUAACAGCACCACAGUGCCAAUAAGUGGAGGGGAGGACCAACUGGUCAGAGUUGACAGUAACACAGGGCCCACUGUGGAGCCAAAGAACGACACAGCAGAGAGAGAGAUACAGAUUCCCCAGAGCCCAACAAGCUCCCCAAAGACUAGCGGGGAAGAGAAGAGCCUUUGGCCUUUCUCUGUCCACACUGACAGGACCAGUGUGUCCAACAUGACCCGCAGCCCUCACCCCGGGGUGGGCAGGAUGGAGUGGAUCGUCCCCCUGGUGGUGGUCUCUGCGCUCACUCUGCUCUGCCUCAUCAUGCUACUGGCUGUCCUGGUCUACUGGAGGAGGUUUUUCCAGACAGCUCACUUCUAUGUGGAGGACAGUAGUUCUCCCAGGGUGGUGGCCAAUGAGAACAUCCCCGUCAUCCCCAUCCCAGAUGACAUGGACGCCAUCCCCGUCAGGCAGUUAAUCAAACACAUCAUGGAGCUCUACUCCAACAACCUGCACGGCUUCUCUGAGGAGUUUGAGGAGGUCCAACGCUGUACGGUGGACCUGAAGAUCACAGCAGAACAUUCCAAUCACCCUGACAACAAGCACAAAAACAGAUACAUCAACAUCGUGGCCUAUGAUCACAGUAGGGUGAAGUUACGACCCUUGACUGGAAAAGAUGCCAAACACAGUGACUUCAUCAACGCUAACUAUGUAGAUGGUUACAACAGUCCCAAGGCCUACAUCGCGGCCCAGGGCCCUCUCAAGUCCACUUUCGAGGACUUCUGGAGGAUGGUGUGGGAACAGAACACUGGUAUCAUCGUCAUGAUCACUAACCUGGUAGAGAAAGGAAGGAGGAAAUGUGACCAGUACUGGCCCACAGAGAGCACUGAGGAGUAUGGCAACAUUGUGGUCACUCUGAAGAGUACUAACGUUCAUGCCUGCUACACACUGAGACGAUUCCUUAUACGGAACACCAAAGUCAAAAAGGGUCAGAAGGGCAACCCAAAGGGGCGUCAGAACGAGCGGAUGGUGAUCCAGUAUCACUACACCCAGUGGCCUGACAUGGGCGUGCCGGAGUACACCCUACCUGUCCUCACUUUCAUAGGGCGCUCCUCUGCAGCACGUACACCGGACAUGGGCCCCGUCCUAGUCCACUGCAGUGCUGGAGUCGGGCGGACAGGGACAUACAUCGUCAUCGACAGCAUGCUGCAGCAGAUCAAAGACAAGAGCAUAGUCAACGUCUGGGGCUUUCUCAAACACAUCCGCACGCAACGCAACUACCUGGUUCAGACAGAGGAGCAGUACGUGUUCAUCCAUGAUGCCCUGAUGGAGGCCAUCCUGGGCAGUGAGACAGAGGUACCCGCUUGUCAGCUCCAUGGUUACGUCAACAGCAUCCUCACCCCUGGCCUGGGGGGCCGCACGCGCCUCGACAAGCAGUUCAGACUGCUGACCCAGUGUAACACCCACUUCAUAGAGUGCUUCAGCGCCCAGAAAGAAUGCAACAAGGAGAAGAACCGCAACUCCUCAGUGGUUCCAUCGGAACGAGCUCGAGUAGGACUGGCCCCUCUCCUUGGAAUGAAAGGCACAGACUACAUCAAUGCCUCCUACAUAAUGGGUUACUACAGGAGUAAUGAGUUCAUCAUUACCCAGCAUCCUUUGCCCCACACCACCACAGACUUCUGGAGAAUGAUCUGGGACCACAACGCCCAGAUCAUCGUCAUGCUUGCUGACAACCACGGUUUGGCUGAGGAUGAGUUUGUGUACUGGCCAAGCAGAGAGGAGGCGAUGAACUGCCUAGCCUUCACCGUCACCCUGAUCAGCAAGGACAGAUUGUGUCUCUCCAACGAAGAACAGAUCAUCAUCCACGAUUUUAUACUGGAGGCCACGCAGGAUGACUAUGUCCUGGAGGUAAGACAUUUCCAGUGCCCUAAAUGGCCGAACCCAGAUGCUCCUCUCAGCAGCACCUUCGAGCUCAUCAACGUCAUCAAAGAGGAGGCAAUGACACGAGACGGACCCACCAUCAUACACGAUGAGUUUGGGGCAGUGUCUGCGGGGACUCUGUGUGCCCUCACCACCCUGUCUCAGCAGCUGGAGAGUGAAGGGGCUGUGGAUGUCUAUCAGGUGGCUAAGAUGAUCAACCUCAUGAGGCCAGGAGUCUUCACAGACGUUGAGCACUAUCAGUACCUGUACAAGGCCAUGCUGAGCCUGGUGAGCAGCAGAGAUAGUGGGAUGUGCCCCCUCUACAUGGACACUAAUGGAGUGGUUGUCAUAAUGGACGAAUCAGACCCUGCAGAGAGCAUGGAGUCGCUGGUCUGA